AUGUCAUCAAUAGCAGAGAAGUUGGAGGAUCAUGUUCUCAAGACGGAGCCCGCUGGUUCCAGCAACACCAGCACAGACGUUGUCGAGGAUGGCGAGGUGGACAUACAUGCUGACUGGACGGAUGCCGAGGAGAAGGCAAUUCGUCGCAAGUUCGACUUGACAAUCGUUCCUAUGGUUACGGUUCUUUACAUGUGCUGUGCUAUCGAUCGUGCAAACAUCGGAAACGCCAAGAUCGAAGGCAUGGCAGACGACCUGAACUUGAUCGGUUAUCGCUAUAACAUCAUAUUGUCGAUCUUCUUCAUCGUUUACUUAAGUGUGGAAGUGCCUAGCAAUAUCAUCCUCAAACAUGUUGGACCGAGGUUCUAUAGUCAGUACACAUUCGUUGUCGGCAUCAAGCCUGCCUAG